AUGUCGGGAGCCCAAUACUGCAGCGAUAAAGUGAUAGCUACAAUAUCGUUUGGCAAGAAGUGUCGAGACGGAAAACAAGUCGAAGUGGUUAAAGGAAUCCUGCCAGAGUCGGUGUUUGAUCACAUCCCUGAAGCUCUUAGUAACAAACCUAUUCCAAUCACAUUCGCCAAUGGCCUUGUUAUGGAGAAAGUCAUAGAGUGGUAUACCUCGGUGUCCCAGACGCCAGAGCCUCCGCCCGAAAGACACGCUCAGGAACUGGAGGAGUAUCGGCAUAAGACAAGAUCGUGGCAAGAUGCAUUUUGGAAGCGGAAUAAGGAUGAAGUACUUGGUUUAGUCAACGCGGCGGAUGUGUUAGACUACCAAUCGCUCUUCGAGGCUGCUUGCAAAGAGGCUGCAAGAUUGCUCAUAGUCGGAGAUAUAACAAGCGUAGACAACCUAAGACUUCACCAGCAAGCCCAGAUAGCAAAGAAUAUCCAGCCCUUCCGAUUACGCAGACUGGCGGACCAAAAGAUAAUUCACAUCACAGAAGAACAGCAGGAACAUAAUCGGCUAUGGACGAGCCUGUUCAAGUCCGAUGAGUGGUUCGAAGCUAUGUUCUCCGAAAUCAUGAAUCCUAUACUAGUGUCCAAGAAACUCGACAAGGAUUCAUCGUAUAUGUUGUUGUCGAGCAUGGAUUGGGAUGGCGUACUCCCGGGACAGAUGUCGUUGUUGAGAAGCUCGUUGAAGGAGCACGACUUUGACGGGAAGACCUUCGAGUGUACAAUGAGGGAAUCUGGGCAGAGGCUAAAUAUCUCCGAGUUCAUAGAGGGAGACUACUCGAAAGUGCCGAAUCUUGAGCGUACCUUGGUAAAUCAAGGGCAAGAUGGGGUCAGAUCUUUGCAACUUCUUUACCUCAAAAGCACUCGAGUGCGCACUUUGAAGUGCGACACUGAGGCGUCUGGAAGGAUUGCGCUUCGCUGUCGUGAGAGUUUAAGCCUCUGUAACCCUAAGCUUACGUGGCUUUGCGUGGAUUCUUCAACUAGAGGAUUCGAUAUACCUGUUCUGUUUGAUAAGUAG